AUGAACUUCCAGCUGUGCCAGAGCUUCCAGCAGACUGUGUACGUUGGAACAUCUGCUUCCCCACUCCACUGCCUAAGCAUUGAGUCUCCUACGAUGACUACCGGUCUUCGUCCGAUCAGCUUUUCGGUUUUGGCUCAGUACAACGAUUACACCGACUACAACGAUCGACGAUCCGAUGGUAACGAACAGUGCUUUGAGCAUGAGGAGUUUCCAGAGCCGAGCGAAUGCUGUACCCGACCCCAUUGGAUCAAUCAAUACCUGGUGAGACCAUGUCGGUUCAGUAACACGCCACGAGGUGGGCAACGGCAGGAGCAGGAAACUUGUAGCGUAAGUUGCGGCGUAUACCGAAUCAACAUGGGUAUUCUCAACAACCAGGUUAACAGCGUCCGACUGUUCCGUCCCUCUAGGUUGAGGGGCUAUGGUGACGAGGACUGGAAGCGAACGGUCCUAUCGGCUUUGAAGUUGUGCAAGCGACGAAUCACUUCGAUGGUCGGUAUACGGAUCAGGGAAGGUCAAGAGAUGGAGCAGUGUGACGAAGCGAACGACGUAUUUGCGGAUUGUUUGGAUGAGCAGUUGUUCCUGCAAUGCCCCGAGCGAGUUUGGAUUCGGACGUCAGGAUGCGAUCUGUCAAAGAGUCAUCUAAUGCAGGGCUGCCCCUUCAGGUCACUGACUGAGCAGACGAAAAGGCAGAGGGACGACCGAUACAACCGAAAUCGAAGACGGGGUGGGAGCGAUGGGUACGGUCAGGACGAUCGGAACCAGUAUGAUGACGAGUAUGAUGGCUACGAUGGAAAUCAGGGAAGAAAUCGUGGUGAUGGGAACUACAACAGCGGUCGUAACAAUAAUGGAUAUGAUGAUAGGAAUGGAUACAGCGGCAACUCACAGGCGAGACCUAAUUAUGGAUAG